CUCAGUCCUCUUCAAAUAAAGGGAAGUUGGGAGGGGGAAAUGCCACCUCUGGUGACUUGCCAUUACUUGUGAGACAGCAAGAAGAGAACUUCGCUGAAGCUGGGUGUCAUCCUUUGACUUUUAACACAAAAGAGGAUUUUUUUUUCUUCAGCAACUUCUGGAAAUAAAUCCACAAUCUCUGGAGACUCAAGAGCACUCUCCAUCCUUGUCAGUGUGUGUUGGAACCAUCUCCCUUGAACCCUCUAAGUGGAACAAUUGAAUCACCUUCUGCCUCUGCCUGGUGUGCACCACCAGGCCUGCUCUGCUGCCUUGUUUAACUCCCUUUUGUGUGCUAGGAGGUGCCCCAAACCUCUUGGUUCUGGAUCACUGGCUUUGGUGGUUCAUCCCGAGCCUCUGCAUUCAUGGAUCCCAUAUUGAUGUGGAAGACACUCCCCAAGCUCUCUUGGCUCAUGGUGCUGCUUGCUGCUCUUUUCCACUUCUCUUCGGGCAUUAGCCAGGUGACUAAGACAGUUCAAGGAAUGGCAAAACUGUCCUGUAACUACAACAUCUCUGUUGACGAGCUAUCAAGAGUUCGCAUUUACUGGCAAAAGGAAAACAAAAUGGUGCUGAGUGUCAUAUCUGGGAGAGUACAGGUGUGGUCCCAGUACCAGAACCGGACCAUCCCUGAAAUCACUAACAACCUCUCCCUGGUGAUCUUGGCCCUGCGCCUGUCAGACAGGGGCACAUAUACCUGUGUGGUUCAGAAGACUGAAAAAGGGUCUUUCAGAGUGGAACACUUGACUUCUGUGAUGCUGUCUAUCAAAGCUGACUUCCCUACCCCCAGCAUAAUAGACUUUGAACAUCCAUCUCCUGACCUUAGAAGGAUAACAUGCUCCACCUCUGGAGGAUUUCCUAAGCCUUAUCUCUUCUGGUUGGAAAAUGGAGAAGAAGUAAAAGCUGUCAACACUACAGUUUACCAAGAUCCUGAAACUGAGUUGUACACUGUUUACAGCAACCUGGAUUUCAAUGUCACGAGCAACCACAGCUUUGUGUGUCUCGUCAAGUAUGGAGACUUAUCAGUGUCACAGAUAUUCAACUGGGAAAAACCCAAGGAAGAUCCUCCUGAUGAUCAGCUCUGGAAGAGAAAGAUCCUAAUCCCAGUGUGUGUAGGCAUCACUGUAAUACUUGGGACCUGUUUCAUUUGCAUACUACGCAUGCGCAUGCAGAGAAGGAAUGAGGAAGGAGUUGAGAUGAGGACGACAGCCCGCAUUUAAAGAGGACCUGCAGAAGCCUGAGGCUAAACAUAAUAUGAAAAGGUUCCACCUCCGUUUGGGUGAGGUAGCUCUGGUGACCUUGAUGAGCUCAGCCUGAAUUUUUUUUUUUUUUUUUUAAUAUUGAAGGCUGUACCACAAAACCUCAUCCCCAGCACACAGACACGUCAUCUUUUUCUGUUUUCAUUUUUGAGACAGAGUGUUGCUGAGUUGCCCAGGCUAAACUUGAACUUGUGAUCUUCCUGUGUCAGCCUCCCGGGUAGCUGGGUACAGACAAUAAGCCAAUGAGGCUGGCUCAUUUAAUAUUAUAUUUUUUUCCUUUGUUGCUCUCCAACUUCCUCAUCAGAUUUCGGAGAAAACAGAAAUAUCCAAAAUUAAUUUCCUCUGAUGUAUGAGUGCAUAUCUUUUGUACCUCAAAGCAAUAGUGAAGUUGGAGAGGGACAGUUUUAAGUCAUAGUUUACUGGUUCAUAUUGGACUGAUAAGGUUGAUAAAUGACAAUUGACGAGUUUGACCUCAUUUAUAAAAUGUUUUUAGAAAGUUCUCAUUUAAAAUGAGAUUUUUUUUUUAAAUAGUAAGCUAUCUUCUGAGGUAAUAAUAAUAGCCUUAAAAGUUGUGUUCCUUCUUGGUGUUCCUGGAGCCUAUACAGAAUUGAAAAGAAGAAAGUAGUCAACUGUGUUCCUAUGUUACUUAUAAGUCCUCUUUCCCUGAAACUGCCUUCCACUGGACCAGGAGUGGACCCAGCUAACACCGGGGCAGAUAUUCUCAUCUGAAAAUGGAACUGGAGAGCAAGAUGACCAAGUUUCUCAAAUGUGACUGGAUUUAAGAUGUUUCGUUUUGGCAGCAUUCUAAUGGGGCCAGAUUCUAGGAAACAUGGGUACGCUUUUAAGUGGUUGCUUUCAGAACAAAUCAUUGAAAAAAAUAAAGGUAGUGGGCUGACAAGAACUUAAGGUAAAGACUCAAACAUCAAAAAAUAAACAAUAAAACUAAAAACACCAGGAGCUGCUGCUGCAUUUAAGGUUUAUAAUCCUUAAAUAAUAUCUUAAGGAAACCUCAAGAAGAAAUUUGUAAUAUUUCAAAUAUAAAUAAUAUAUAAAUUAUAUUAAGUUAUUAUUAUUAUACUUGAUAACUGUGAAGGGUUAUGGGAAAUAAUAUGCCUACAAGACCAAGCUACACUGUCCUUCUGUUUUUCCCAGGGGCUGUCAUGUAGGAAUAUUAUUUUCCAUAACUCUUCAAGCUCUAUUUUUAAAAAGUUUUGCUUUACUUGUAUUAUUGUGAUGUUUUUGUGAUAUGAAUAAAAAUAUUUUUAAAAACAA